GUCACGUGCCCCUCUGCAUCGUACAUACAGUCUCCCAAAUCACAACCGGCUCAUUUAUUACCUGGAGACUGAAACGGAAGAUUGCUGAUUGGUUCCACCAUCAUACUGGUGAUAACUGAAGGUGAUACUGGACGUUUCUGAUCAGAAUUUCAGCCUCUUGGAUCCAGAGAGUUGGAGACAAAUUGUCUGGGUUGCAUAAGACUUUGCAGGGCCGAGCUACAGCCUGUAGACUCAUGGCGAUUAACAUGGAUGCCGAGGACUGGGGCGGCAUUGGGAGUAACGACUCUGGAGAACGAGCGUGGCUCUUGCAGAGCCCCAGCGUGGAUUCUGUCCCGCAUCUUGAGACGGAACGGAGUGGGAGCGGGGGCGUGUCGUCUUGGGCAGCGGUCUUCAUCGUGGUGAAUGCAGCGCUGGGAGCAGGUCUGCUCAAUUUCCCCGCAGCCUUCAAUUUGGCAGGAGGAGUGACUGCAGGAGUCAUGCUUCAGAUGUUUAUGCUGAUCUUCAUAAUCAGUGGACUGGUGAUUCUGGGCUACUGCUGCCAGGUCAGUAAUGAAAGCAGCUAUCAGGAGGUCGUCAGAGCCACUUGUGGGAAAGUAACGGGCAUCGCGUGUGAAGUCGCCAUCGCUGUCUACACCUUCGGGACUUGUAUCGCUUUCUUCAUUGUCAUUGGAGACCAGCUGGAUCGCUUGGUGGCAGCAGCGGUUCAUGACACAGAUGGUACAGGCAGUGGCCACUGGUACACUGACCGCAAGUUCACCAUCUCCGUUACUGCGGUCCUGGUUAUUCUUCCUCUCUCCAUCCCCAAAGAGAUUGGCUUUCAGAAGUAUGCCAGUGCAUUGAGUGUGAUGGGGACCUGGUAUGUGACCAUCGUGGUCAUCAUCAAGUACAUCUGGCCAGAUAAAGAUAUGACUCCGAGCCACGUUCCCGUCAGUUCUGCUUCCUGGACCGCAGUUUUCAAUGCAAUGCCCACCAUUUGCUUUGGUUUCCAGUGUCACGUCAGCUGUGUGCCGGUGUUCAACAGCAUGAGCAGAAAAGAGCUCAAACCUUGGGGAGUUGUAGUCACUCUCAGCAUGAUAAUCUGCCUCUUUGUCUACACAGGAACAGGUGUCUGUGGCUUCCUGACGUUUGGCUCCGACGUCAGUCAGGAUGUGUUGAUGUCGUACCCUUCUGAUGAUAUCCCUGUGGCCAUCGCGAGAGCUUUCAUUGUCAUCUGCGUCAUCACCUCCUACCCCAUUUUACACUUCUGUGGCAGGGCCGUGAUAGAAGGACUGUGGCUGCGUUUCCAAGGCGAGCAGGUGGAGGUGUGUGUGCGUCGUGAGCGGAGGAGGAGGAUCCUGCAGACGCUGGUGUGGUUUGUCGUCACGCUCGUCCUCGCCCUCUUCAUCCCAGAUAUUGGUCGGGUGAUCUCGCUGAUCGGAGGAUUGGCGGCCUGCUUUAUCUUUGUCUUCCCGGGUUUGUGUCUGAUGCAAGCCAAGCUGUCAGAGACUGACAGCCGAACUGCAAGCUGGCACGGAUCGGUGGUCUUUGGUGCUACGAUGGUUACGAUUGGAGCAUUCAUCUUUGGCCUCACCACGACUAACUCCAUCUAUCAAGACGUCGUCAGCUAAAAGGAACGGCUUUUAUCGGAGCCAGCGGUGUUUCAGACAGAGGGGGGGGGAGGGGGCUUAGUCCUGUGCUGCUAUUCUGAACUACUGAUAAAGAAGGAGAAGCAUUUCAUGACACUCAUUUUAAAGAAUCCUCUGCAGCAUGUCACAUUCCUGCUCCGUACUGAGUUAAAGCUCCACAGCUCUUCAUUCAGUCAGGUAGCAGUCAGAGACACAAUGCCAAAUGACUUCAGACACUUUGCCUUUUAUUUUGUGUAGUUUAAUUUGCAUGUUUUAUAUUUUUAUGGUGCUUUUAACAGUGAAACAGUUUGUCUCUGGACCCUGUACGGGCAACAUAUUCCUGUUCUGUUUACAAGAGCUGAAGGACUUUGUAUUCAAAGGUCUUACAAUCAAAUUGAUUUUAAUAAUGAAAUUGUACCAAUUUGUGUAUUUUAACUUGCAUGUAAAUGUUUCUUAUUGAAAAUGACGAGCUGUGGUUCCCAGGUGUAAUCCAGGGCCAGACUUUAUGUUGCCGCUGUUGAUGGUUUGUACGCAUAUUAAUUUAGUCUCUUCUCUAAUGGAAAAUGUAAUUCAGUGAUACGUUUGCACACAUAGGACACAGAAUCAUUGAGUGAUGUGAUAACUGCAGGGUGGGAAGUCUUGAUUUUUGUAUUCUUUGAUAGUCAAUAGUUUAACUAUGAACAUGAAUUCAGGAAGGCAUUUGAGUUAUUUAUUUUUUUAGUUUUGUUGAUUCCUUCUAUGUUCUAUAAGGUAGAAGUAUCAUGAGGAUUUUAUACUUGGCUUUGAGGGGAAAUAUUUGCCGUUUUGUGAAAGUGCAAAGUUACAUACACUUAAGCCCGCCGGCCUUUAAUAAGAUUAGUUAGUGCAUUGUGCAAACCGGUCAACUGCCCGACUGAAAACCACAGCAGUGUGCCUCCCCAAACCAUGAACAGAGUGUCUACAUUCAGGAUAUGAAAACCCCAAUUCCCUGCAGAGUGGGUUGAAAAAUGAUACGGUGUUAAUGAAUGUAAGCAAAAAUGUAUGUAACCUACAUAAUCAGUUUGUGCGUAAUUGACAGAAAACAGUUGGACUCGGUGCUCAGGCUACAGUCACUAGUUGUAUUUACUUGAAUCCAUUCACACCACUGCAGACUGUUUUAAGCUCAAGUUAGAAAUCAUUUAUUUGCUGCUUAUUUUUUUAACUAAGACCAAAAUGUGAGUUUCUUUGUUGCUUUAUGCCCCAAUAUUCAAGACCUUAUCUGUUUAACACUAAUUAAUGAUCCUCAUAACAAUUAUUCAGUCAUUUUCAAUUAGUCUAACAAAGCUCAAAUGUAGCCGACAGAAUUAAAAUCAGGAAAAUGUUAAAAGGUUUAUAGUGAUGUAAUAUUUUUGGGUAUGUUACGUAUGUUAUAGUUCGAGAUUAUCUGCAGCCUUUUGAUUUACGGUUUUAUUUACAAACUUAAAGGGAUUAUUUGAAGCAAUUAUAUUGUAUUAGUCACACUGUUGAACCAAAAACCAUUUACUUGAAAAGGAAAAGAAGCUAGAGAUAAAAAAAAAACACUUUGUGAGGUAUAACAACUUCAGCCUCAGAUUUAUUUCACUUAAAUGUCUUUGUUGGAAUAAGAACCGUUUCUUAUUUUUGGUGCUGCAGACUAUAGUUAAUGUGGUCAUUAGUGAAUGCCAGGUGCAUUUAUGAUUUACUAUGUUUUAAUGGAAAUUUUGAUAUCUCAAUAAAUUAACUACAAUCAAGGCAUGUGAAUAUAAAUAUAUGAUGAGUCAUGUGUCGCUGGCAGUUUAAAACAUUUAAUAAAGACAAAUACAAGUAAAGUUACAGUUUGGAUUGAGACAGUCUUUCAUUUAAGUUCAAUCACAUAUUAUCACUCACACACUUCUGCUUAAAAUGUCAAUGAAAAACACCAGGAUACAGCUUUAGAUACAUCUUUACAUCAGUGCCACAGAAAAUCGCUUCAUUUGAUCAAGUGCAGUGUAAGUAUUUGAACAAAGACAAAUUCUGUUUUAGCGUUUUAUAAAAUAUGAAACAAAGGUCAAGCACCGACUUUAUGCAAGGUUCUCCCUUCAUUAAAUUGUAAAAGACUUGUACCUUGUUUAAUGCACAAGUAGUUAUCAAGUUUCAGGACAAUGCAGUGAAAUAAUCUUAAACAAGACAAGGCCACCAAGGAGUUUAAGGCUAAAUAGAGUCACGUUAACAGCCCAAAUCAGUCAGAACCUCAACCAACUGAGCAGGUGCUGAAACCAGACUUAAGGCACAAAACCCCAAAAUAAAAAGGAAUCAAGUGAUUUUAUUCACAUUUGUGGUCCUCUAAAAAAAAAAAAAAAAAAAAAAAUGGACAGUCUAAAAAGGAUUUAAAUUCCUCAAUGCUGGCACUUGAAUAGUUUAAUUUCAUAUAUAUAAUGUGGUGCAAAGCCAAGAACAAAUAUGUCUCCCUCCAAAUACUCAACAUACUUCACUGCAGGUGUGAACAAUAUAGAUGAAAACAAGUGCCCCAAUAGUCCCUUUCCCUUCAAAAUCCUCUUCCCUGAGAACACUCCAACAAGUGAUAAGUGCCGGUAUAUUACAUUCAGCAGCCCCCAUCAUGGCUCAGUAGGAGCCAUUAGUG